UCCAGAAAAUUUUAGAAAAAAUAGUUAAGAUAAUGACGGAAUUAAAAGAUUUAAAAAACGAGGAUUUGUAUCAGCUUUUUGAGAUAAAACAGAAUGCGACUGUGAAAGAGAUCAAGAAAGCGUAUAGAAAGAAAGCACUGAAACUUCACCCUGAUAAAAAUCCCGAUGACCCAAAAGCAGCGGCAAUGUUUCACGAGCUUUCCGAAGCCUUGAAAAUUCUUACAGAUUUAGGUGCGAGGGCAGCGUAUGACCAUGUUCGAAACGCAAGAAAGGCCGCGGCUGAGAGAACAGAAAAACUGGAUGAUAAACGUAAAAAAGUCAAAUUAGAUUUGGAAGCUCGUGAGAAAGCUGCUGAAAUGCAAGAAAGGGAUUCUAUGAAAACUGCUUCUAGAACUUUGAAACAAGAAAUUGAAAGACUACGAGAAGAAGGAUCGAGAAUCCUACAAGAGGAACAGAUCGCAAUGAAGAAAUUACUCAAAGAGGAAGCAGAAGAAAGAAAAAAUAAUCUUAUGGCAGAACCAGCAAGAUUGAAAAUAAAGUGGAAUAUAAAAGACAGCGAGGAGAACUUAUAUUCACGAGAUACUCUGAUGAAAAUUUUUAUGAAGUAUGGUAACAUUGUUGCGUUAAUUGUAUCAAUGAAAAAGAAAAAAGGUAGUGCAGUCAUAGAGUUCACAAGUGCUAAAGAAGCACAGUUGGCACAUGAUUCAGAAAUAGGAUUCCCAGAAAAUCCUCUCAGUAUUAUGUGGUUAUCAGGAAAGCCUGCUGAUCUGACUGCAUAUGCUCAACACUUCACUCAAAAGUUAGGACUGAAUAAAGACAUGAAUCGACAUCAUAAAAACGGUGAUGUUGCACCUAAGUCCAAAUAUUCAGAAGAACCAUCUAGUCAAGAAGAUGAUGACUUUGAAUCACAGGUUCUCGAAAGAAUGCGGAAAAUGCAAGAACAGAAAAGACAACAAAAAGAGGAUGAGAAAACAUAAUGCACUAUAUAUUUGGGCGCUUCCGAAGUAUGUGCACGAAGAUGGGGCACAUCCUGAACCCUAACCUGGUACACAUACUAUGUUCAGGUUGUGCACCAUCUUGGUGCACAUACAUCUGGAGCUCCUACAUUUGAUGAAAAAUUCGAACAAGUAAAGGAAUUGUUGAAAAGAGAAUUCAACAAUGGAAAACCUGUUAACUGUAUUGUGGGAGAUAUUGGGCCACCUUUGGAGAUGGAAUCAAUUUGCUGCGGAAGAGGACCCUCUCUCGUUGCAAAUAAUCUAGAGGAAUUGUCUGUAUAACUGAAUGAAGUGAAAUUGCUUUUGUUCAAUUCAUGAGAAUGCAUACAAAGUUGAAAGUAAAGUGUGCUUGUGAGGAAGCACUAGUUAUCAAGUUUGAAUGAAUAGAGCCAAUUCAAUUCUUCAAUACAAUUUUGCACAGUUGUGCUCAUUGGAAGUAUAUAAAAGUCUGCCCCUGCUUUACCCCUCAUAUUUAUGACUAGGAAAAGCAUGCUGUAUGGUAUUAUACCUAGGAAGUUAUUGAGUUUUUACUGUUGGCAUUGGCUACAGUGCUUGACCAAGUAAACGAGUAUGAAAUGCUGAAAUGCACGACUGGUUUGUGGACAUAAGGGUACCUUACCCAAAUUUUAACUAAGCAAGGCUAGAUUAGUCCCAUUUUAUCUGAUGAUCUCAUAGGUUUUUCUUCUCUUUGGGUUAAAGUGACUGAAUCUUUCCAAAUUUUCAGAAAUUGUGUAUUCCACAUCUGUGGUUUACCUUUAUAGCUUAUAAAUAAACUCAGAUGACAAAUGCUCAUAAAUGUAAAUUUGUUGAGCACAUGCAUGUACCUUCUACCUGUUUGUGCUUUUUAUUCAGUUACACAAAUAUGUUUUUACAAGUCUUGGCCGUGUUAUGCAUUUAUAUCCAUAUUAAAAAAUUCUAUGAGCCUAAAA